AUGUCGUUUCCACCUCCUCCAGGUUUCCAACAAACCCCGCGUCCUUCCUCCACCCAGCCACACCCGCACAGCUCGCUUCCCCCGCGACCGCCUUCCGCCUCCUACGCUCCCUCGGGUGCUGCUGGGACACCAGGCAACCCGCAAAGACCUUCGGAUUACAAUGCCUUCACUCGCUUUCAACCACGAUCGGUAGCGGCUACCCAGUCUUAUCGCCCUAAUAGUCCCGCUGCCUCUAUUCCUUAUACGCCCAGUGGCGGGUAUUCGGCGCCAACUCCGCCGCACAAUACGGGUUACCAGUACCCCCCGACUCAGUAUCAACAGCCGAGUCAUCCGUAUCAGCAGCAGCAGCAACAACACGAUAAUUAUUACCCCCAGCAACAGUAUGGCUCCAGUAACUACAAUCAGUCGUCUGGCUCUCACAGAAACCAGUACAAUGCUGGGCAGGAUCAGGGUGCCUACGGAUUUGGGGGGGCCAACAGAGGAAUCGCGCGUCAUGGCGAUUCCGGCAUGGAUCCAGAGACUGAAGCUCAGAUCGCCCAAUGGCAAAGCGCCUACAUGAGCAAAGAUGAAAGUAACCAGACCGUUGGCGGUAAGGCCGGGGCGGGGCGUCGAGACGAUGCUUCAUCGGCUACUGGGGCCAACACCGGUCCACUUGGCAACGUACAGCGGCUUCAUGACGCUUCGACGAUCUCUGCACCUCCCAGCGGCGUUCAGACUGCUUCUACCACACCUGUCGCUGGCCCCAAUCAACCAGGACCCCAUAAAACUGUUGUGCGUUCGGGCGGUGGGCAGACAUGGACCGAUCCGACUUUGCUGGAGUGGGAUCCAGCGCACUUCCGCCUUUUCUGCGGGAAUCUUGCCGGCGAAGUAACGGACGAUUCUCUGCUCAAGGCAUUUUCAAAGUACCCGUCAGUCCAAAAGGCACGCGUCGUUCGCGAUAAGCGAACGGAAAAGAGCAAAGGGUACGGAUUCGUUAGUUUCAGCGACGGCGACGAUUACUUUCGAGCUGCGAGGGAGAUGCAAGGCAAGUAUAUCGGCUCGCAUCCCGUGCUCCUGAGACGAGCGAUGACCGAGAUCAGACCGGUUGUUGCAGGGAAAGGUGGCGCGAAGGGAAACAAAAAAGGUGGUAAUGCAGCUGGCGGAGCUGGCGGCGGUAAAUCUUUAAAGCCGGGCGGUAAGGCUGCCGGUGGUGGUGUACAGAAAAAGCAAGCAAAAACCAAGGGUGGAUUGAGGGUGCUGGGAUGA